GCCUCUCUCAUCCCCAGCAGUGGGGGGAAACAGUAGACAGAUACGUGCGUCUGAGAGACUGCAGGCAUCUCUGUGAUCUCCCGGCACAAGGCAUCCGCACUCAGCGCACUACAGAGCGACACCGCACUGCAUCAUUACCCGAAAGGCAAAGGAUCCAUGUCUUUUUUCCAGCUCUUAUAGCCGCUUUCCCCCCUCUUUUUAUUUUUUAUUUUUAAUUUCCCCCCAUCCUGUGCACUUUAAUUCAAGACGUUCGCCAAGAUGAUGUCCAUGAACAGCAAACAGCCGCACUUCGCCAUGCAUCCCUCUUUACCCGAACACAAGUACACCACUCUUCAUUCCAGCUCGGAAGCUAUACGGAGAGCCUGCCUACAAACUCCACAGCUACAGAGCAACAUCUUCGCGAGUCUGGAUGAGACCUUGCUGGCCCGCGCAGAGGCUCUGGCCGCCGUGGACAUCGCCGUGUCCCAGGGCAAGACGCACCCGUUCAAGCCGGACGCCACCUACCACACGAUGAGCACUGUGCCAUGCUCGUCGACGUCCACCGUUCCCUUGGCCCACCACCACCAUCACCACCAUCAUCACCACCACCAGAACCUGGAGCCUCCGGACAUCAUGGACCACAUUGGCUCGCCGUCCCUCACCCUGAUGUCCAGCGCGCACGACGGGACAGGCGGAGGAGGUGGCGGGGGAGGUGGAGGAGGCGGCGGAGGGCUCAUCUCCACCUCCUCUGGUCACCCGCAUUCCCACAUGCACGGCUUGGGUCAUCUAUCUCACCAGGCAAUGAGCAUGAACUCGUCGCUCACCCACCACGGGCUCUUGCCGGGCCAUCACGGUGGAAGCCAAGCCGGCCCAGGGCUCACAAACCCCGGACUUCCCUCCAUCAAUGACUCGGACACAGACCCAAGGGAGCUGGAGGCUUUCGCGGAGCGCUUCAAGCAGAGGAGGAUCAAACUGGGGGUGACCCAGGCGGACGUAGGAAGCGCUCUGGCUAAUCUCAAAAUCCCCGGCGUGGGUUCUCUGAGCCAAAGUACAAUUUGUCGAUUUGAGUCCUUAACUCUGUCCCACAACAACAUGAUUGCGCUCAAACCCAUCCUCCAGGCCUGGCUGGAGGAGGCCGAGGGGGCCCAGAGGGAGAAAAUGAGCAAACCUGACAUUUUCAACGGUGGGGAAAAGAAACGCAAGAGGACCUCAAUAGCAGCGCCAGAAAAGAGGUCUUUGGAGGCUUACUUCGCAGUACAGCCUCGGCCGUCCUCCGAGAAAAUAGCGGCUAUAGCUGAAAAGUUGGACUUGAAAAAAAACGUGGUGCGAGUGUGGUUUUGUAACCAAAGACAGAAGCAGAAGAGGUUGAAAUUUUCAGCUGCUCACUGAUGGGCAAAGAAAAAAUAAAAGAUAAAAAAACAAGAGUGGGCUGACUGAAUUUGGGGACCAAGUGACAUUAAUAAGACACCAUUUUCAGUCUUUUGUCUCCAGCGACUUUACACGUUGGUGCACAAGGGGCUAUAGACAUCCAUUUUAUGAGGCUUCAUAUAUCUUGUUUAUUUUCACGUUAUUGGUGAAUGUGAAGUAUGCAAAUACCAGACUACACAAAUUUCGCUCAGUUGUUGCGAGGGAAAAGUUUAGCGACGUCAAUGCCUUUUAAAAUGCGUGGAAAGACAUAAUUUGCUUGAUACAAUAUAGCGAGUUAUUUUCUAUGAUUUGAAAUAUAGCCAUUUUUACCAAUUACCUCAUUUAUUGUUGAAUUGUGUCUUGGUUUGAUUCUUGUCACUGUUGGUAGACUCGAGAGUAAUUCAUGAAUCAGUUAAUUAUUCAUGUGUUCGUUUAUUUGAAUUUUAGAAGCUGCUAUAAAUUCAAUUUUUGUUGCAAAUUUUUAAUGUCUAAGGAAAAUUUAAAAAGUGAAAUAGAUUGGGCCUGCAUGAAAUCCUAAUUCACUGGAAGCAAAUGAGCCUCUACAGGCUUUCAUAUCUACAGAUAUAUUUAUUUGAAAUUUGCACAAAAUACCCUUUAGGUUUAGGUCGAAAUGGUUUGUAUAUACAGACUACACUUUAUCACUUACAAGAGACGAGCUCCUGUGUUUUGAAACUAAUUUCUAAGGGUGGUGCGACACUAUUGGAAUCACAGAUCAGAGCACGAUAAGCUUGUGAGCUUCAACAAGGAGUGAUCACAGUAAAAAGAAAAAAAGGACAUGUUUUUUUUCUUUUAUGUUUCAGUUUGCAGUGCAAACCCUCUAUGCAUCUAAGAAAAAAAAAAUAAACCACUGCUUACAGUAGUACUAUCUACUGAUAGAUUUUAUUUUUUGUGGGUGGUUGUAAGUCACUGUUUAAUGCUUGUUUUCACAUUAAGAUCACCUCGUUGUUUGUCGUGUUAACUGUAACGGAAACGUUGUGUAAGUACUAUUUACUUUGUGCACAGGUAUGUUUACAAAACUGCAGUGACAUGUGCAUCAUGGAAAAUGUCUCCUUCCCUCACUCAUAACUUCCCCACUCUCCUCUGUUGUCCUCCUACUUUCAUUGGUACUCUCCAUCCUGUAAGCCAAAAUCCAACAGGGAGUGUGUUCCAACAAUCUUCCAAUAAAUCAAAGAAAAAGAAAAAAAAAA